AUGUCUCCCUCCGACUAUUCAGAGAAGAUCAAUGGGCCUCAUGCCACCGAGAGACGCGUUGACUCAAGCUCGAGUCUGGCGACGCUGGAUCAGAAUCAACUUGCAUCGCCAGUUUCGGACUCUACCAAACUUGAGAGCCAAGUUCCUCUACCACCGCCAUACCAUGUCUUCACCAGAUAUCGCAAGCUGCAGAUGGUCUGCAUUGUCUCACUCGCUGCCAUUUUUUCUCCACUGUCUUCCAACAUCUACUUCCCCGCCCUUGGCACUAUAUCGAAGGAUUUGGGUGUCCCAAUGUCCCUUACAACCUUGACCGUUACCGUAUACAUGAUUAUCCAAGGCCUCGCUCCCAGUUUUUGGGGCUCUUUCUCCGACAUUCUCGGCCGACGCGGCAUCUUCAUAGGGACUUUCAUUGUCUAUAUCAUUUCGAACAUUCUACUAGCUGUAUCCACGAACUAUGGAGAGCUCAUGGCCUUCCGUGCGCUGCAAGCUGCCGGGAGCUCAGCCACUAUCUCAAUUGGUGCUGGUGUCAUUGGAGAUAUCACAACAUCUGCCGAGAGGGGGGAGCCUGGUGGGGAUCUUUGGAGGAGAUCUAUUUUCUGGUUCUUGGUCAUUUUUUCCGGACUGAGUCUACUUAUCCUCCUCUUCUUCCUCCCAGAGACUAUUCGUACCGUCGCGGGCAACGGUACCGUUCCUCUUCAUGGUCUCUACAAGCCUUGGAUCUAUUAUAUCACCGGCCAGAGAGAUGUAAAAGAGGAUGCUAUCCCGGCUGGAAAGAAGAAGAAGGUCACUUUCAAGACUGUAUUUGCUCCUCUCAGCUUUCUGAUUGAAAAGGAUGUUUUCAUUACCUUGUUCUAUGGUGCUAUCGUCUACACCGUGUGGUCAAUGGUCACCUCGUCGACAUCAGCCCUGUUCGAGUCUGUUUAUGGUCUCAACUCUCUGGAAGUUGGCUUGACAUUUUUGGGAAAUGGAUUCGGAUGUAUGUCGGGAUCAUACACGAUUGGCUACCUGAUGGACUACAACCAUAAGCUCACGGAGCGCGAGUACUGCGAGCGACGCAACCUGCCUCUCGACACUCCCAUCAACACCAAAACCCAUCCCGACUUUCCCAUUGAGAUAGCCCGCAUGCGCAACACCUGGUGGAUUACGGCGCUAUUCAUUGUAUGCACAGCCGCGUACGGCUUUUCGCUCGAGACCUCCGUGGCCGUACCAGUCAUUCUGCAAUACCUCAUUGCCUACUGUGCCACUGCCAUCUUCACCAUUAAUAGCGCCCUGGUCAUUGAUCUGUACCCAGGGGCUAGUGCCAGCGCGACCGCCGUCAAUAAUCUGAUGCGAUGUGAGGUCGGGGCCGCGGGUGUCGCUGCUGUACAGCCUAUAAUCGAUGCGCUCACAGCCAAGUGGGCAUUUUUGUUACUGGCUGGCGUCACACUUCACAUGGUACCUCUGUUGUUGAUUGAGAUGCGCUGGGGCGCAGGAUGGCGCCUUGAGCGAACCGAGCGACUGAAGAGAAAGGCAGAGUCUGCAUAA